AAAUGUUUAAAACUACAUAAAAAAUAUGGAGAAUUUGAAAAUACUUUUCUUUUAUCUUCAAAGUGUCUUGCUUUGAUCUUCUUAUAAAUGGUGUUUGUUUAUGUGACGAUAAAAAAAACCUACUGUCUGUCGCUGAAAGGCUAAAGCGGAAGCUGUUUGACAAAAGCGGAAGUACAACGGAGGGAACUAUCUCACCUGAGAACGAACACACUGCAGUCUGACUGAAACCAAAACAAGCGUCUGACUGAUUUUAUAUUUCCACCAAAUACUUCACAAACACAUCGAGAGUCACGGUGUCACAGUGGAAAUCCACGCAGGUCGAAAAUGGACAAUCAUUUAUUUAACCUGAAGUUUGCUGUGAAGGAGCUGGAGCGCAACUCGAAGAGGUGUGACAAGGAUGAGAGAUCGGAGAAGAACAAAGUGAAGCAGGCCAUCCAGAAGGGAAACAUGGAGGCUGCCAGGAUCCACGCGGAGAAUUCCAUUCGCCAAAAGCAUCAGUCCCUCAGCUUCCUGAGGAUGAGCGCUCGCGUGGACGCCGUGGCCUCCAGGGUCCAGUCUGCAAUCACCAUGAACCAGGUGUCCAGGUCCAUGACUGGAGUGGUCAAGAGUAUGGACGACACGCUGAAGAGCAUGAACCUGGAAAAGAUCUCUGCGUUAAUGGACAAGUUUGAAAAACAGUUUGAGACUCUGGACGUGCAGACGGCUCACAUCGAGGAGACCAUGGGGAACACCACCACCCUGGCCACCCCCCAGAGUGAAGUGGACAGACUGUUACAUCAGAUGGCUGACGAGGCAGGCCUGGAGUUGAACCUGGAGCUUCCUCCGGGCCAGUCUUCCUCCCUGGCUUCUACCGUGGCCUCGGCUGAGCAGGACGAGCUCUCCCAGAGGCUGGCCAAACUGCGCCACCAAGUGCCACAGUGAAGAAAGGCAGUGUAGGAGGGGGAGGAGGAGGACGAGAGAGUGGAGAGGAGAAGAAAACGUUCCUGUAAAAGACGACUUCCAGGUUUGUUUCUUAUACAGGGACCAAAACAUCGGAGCAGAGCAUCAUCGUUCCUUCCUCCCUUUGUUCAAACAGGUCAAGAUGAGACGUAGAAUAUCUGAGAGAAAUCUGACCAAAAAGAAGCAUAAAAAAAACGUUACGAAACAGAGACAGAAUCAACAGAUGAGGACGAGAGGAUUUCAGUGUGUUUUCUGUAAAAUCACCAUGGCGACCACCUGACCAUGAACACAACUGAAAUCAUUUGAUCCAAAACUUUCCAUCAGUAGUGAUGCCUGAAAAACACCUGGGUACAGUCCAGUGAUUAUCAAAUGGUGGCUCACCGCCCAAAUCUGGCCCACGGAGCUAUCCAAUCUGGCCGGAACUGGAUUCUAAAAUAAACAUCCAAUAAUAGACUAAGAGAAAAAGUGAUUUUGAUUUCAUUUUAUAUGAGGGUCCAACAAAUAUAGUUGACGUUAACAUUUACUCUGAUAAAGAACUACAUACUGCAGUAUUUGUAGUAUUACUGAUGUGUUCAGGUAAAAGCCCCCCACCGCCCCCCCCUCCUGUUUUUCCAUCCUUCACUUUCUCUCCCACAACGUGGAACAGAUGAGAGGUCAAAGGUGUCACCUGUGGAGGAAGCAACCCUCCGCCGCUCGCAUGCCAGCGCCUCAUUACACACACACAUACACGCGCUUGUCCCUCGGGAGGUGAUUCUCAGCUGGCAGCCAUUACAGGUGCAGCCGCGGCGUGCACACCAGCAUCACCACGUGAACACGUCAGCACCGCCGCCGUCGCUGGUGCUGAUGUGAUUCCUGCAGAGUGACACGGCUGACCUCUGACCCCCGCCCUGUCCUUUCCAAUCAUCAUCAGCGCCGACUUAAACCACGUUCACAAUCAUCAUCAGUGGCCCCCGACUGACACGCUCUCUAUUACCAAAUACUUUGAUGAGUGAGAUGUGAGCAUGUGCUCUCUCCCCCCCAGCUCCCCACCCCAGGCCUCUAGGGGGCCCCGCGUCGCUCUGAUCCCAGCAGUUGUCAGUCAUUUUCCACGCCGCAGUUAAAUCAUCCGAAAUGAACAUUCCACAUGACUCACGGUCAAAUCACGGCGAGCUUUGUUUUAAUCUCUGCAAAGACCGCGGCGACCGGCGCGUCGUGAUUAAA